AUGAAGGGGCAGCCCGCUCGACUAAGGGCAGAAGCGGCCGGCGGCCACUUGGGUACACGAGAUGAAGAGAGAGAGAGCGUCGGAGAUGGCGGGCUUGCGAACAGUCGGAUGACCGAUUUGGAGGUCCCGUCGACGGUUGGCCAUGUGGGCACGAAAGACGGGGACGUGCGGACAGUGAAGAACGAACGAGUAGUGACAACGCUUUUGGACUCGAAUCUUAUUCCAUCUGCCUCUGCUAGUGAGUCUAAGGUCUUCUACUUGAAGAUGAAAGGGGAUUACCAUAGGUAUUUGGCGGAGUUUAAGGUUGGAGAUGAGAGUGGGUGUUUUCUAUUAUAA